AUGCCUCCUCUUAACACUUCUCGUCCCUUCCCUCUCACCUUCUUGCUGAUGGGCAUCCCAGGACUAGAGCACCUACAUGCCUGGAUUGGGAUUCCCUUCUGUUCCAUGUAUGUGGUGGCAGUGGUGGGGAACGUGACCAUCCUGGCUGUGGUGAGGGCAGAGCGAAGCCUCCAUGAGCCAAUGUUCCUCUUCCUGUGCAUGCUCUCGGUCACUGACCUGGUGCUCUCUACCUCCACACUGCCCCGCAUGCUCUGUCUCUUCUGGCUUGGAGCCCAGGACAUUGCCUUUGAUGCUUGCCUGACUCAAAUGUUCUUCAUCCAUAGCUUUACUACCAUGGAAUCGGGCUUCUUCCUGGCCAUGGCCAUUGAUCGUUAUGUGGCCAUCUGCAAUCCUCUACGCCAUACUACUAUUCUCACCCGCACUCGCAUUGCCAUAAUGGGUAUCAUUGUGGUGAUUCGAGGAGUAGCCUUCUUUACUCCUCACCCCAUCCUGCUCAAGCAGCUGCCCUACUGCAGAACACGCAUCAUUGCCCACACCUACUGUGAGUUCAUGGCUGUGGUGAAGCUGGCGUGUAUGGACACAGGAGCCACCAAGCGUUACAGCCUCAGUGUGGCUUCUGUCAUUGGCUCAAGUGAUGCCAUUCUCAUUGCUGUUUCCUACGCCUUCAUCCUUCGCUCUGUAUUUCGCCUGCCUUCCCGAGAAGCUAGCUUCAAGGCUCUGGGCACUUGUGGCUCCCAUGUCUGUGUCAUUCUUGUGUUCUAUUCCACAGCUGGAUUUUCUAUUUUCACUCACCGUUUUGGGAAAAAUGUGCCUGCACAUAUUCAUAUAUUUAUUGCAAAUAUGUACUUAUUGGUGCCUCCUUUUCUCAACCCCAUUGUGUACGGAGUGAGAACCAAGAAAAUAAGGGAGCAUGUUCUUCGAAUGCUAAGGGUCAAUGUUUCUUGA